UCCGUGCGAUAAUCUCUAUAUGAAUAGUAUGACGACAAUGCCGUCCUGUUCACCACAUUUUCCUCUAUUUAUCAUCCGUUCGUCAAUUAUGCUUAUUGACCCUUCCGAUCUUAUCUUUUCCUCUUCAACACUCUAUAUAAGCCUCUUCUUACUCAAUCCCCAAAGCCACCCAAUACGCAUUCACUCAAAAAAAAAAAAACUGAAAGCCCUAACGAGAAAAAGUACUCCGGAAACACCUUCCAGCAAAAACCCUAGUUGCAUAUACACCCACGGCUAAGCUCAGAAUCGACGGCAUGAAGAACAAGCCAGCUGGCAUUGUGAAGCUCAAGACCGCUGUCGGGAAGCUGAAUAAGAUCAGCCUGUUACUCGGCAGGAAGCAGGAGUCCUACGACGACUUCGAGGACAGGUUUGGAGACUCCCAGAAUGUCCCGGAGGAUGUCAAGGAAGGGCAUUUUGCAGUAAUUGCAGUGGACGGGGAGCAGCUAAAGAGGUUUGUGGUCCCACUCAGCUGCCUGACUCACCCCAGAUUUGUUAGGCUUUUGGAGCAGGCUGCCGAGGAGUAUGGGUUCGACCACGGGGGAGCACUGGCUAUCCCGUGCAGGCUGAGCGAGCUCGAGAGAAUACUCGCCGAGGGAGUGGAAUCUGGAGACUCCAGUGAUGAAGCUGCUGACUGGGUUGGUUCCAGUAAAACUACUGUGCAAAUGAAUGAAUUAUUAGUGAAGGCAGUAUAGUUGAUAGCUCUCGGUAAAAUAUGAUAAUUUUGCAAAUGUAAAAUCUCAUCAAUUUGAUCACGAGAGAUGUGGUUUAGUUGACAAAUUUUA